AUGAAAAAAAUAAAAAGUACCCUUUUCAUAUUUGGGUCUGGGGAAUGUGGUCAGUUACCCCCAGAAUAUUGUACUGACUAUAUUCAGGUAAAUCCAACAGCUGUUCAGAAUUUACCAGGUGAUAUUGAUGAAGUAAUAUGUGGAUCUAUGCACACAAUUAUAAAGACUAAAGAUGAUAAGAUAUAUUCUUUUGGUUGUAACGACAUGGGUGUAUUAGGAAGAAAAACACAUACAAAUAGUAUAAAGGAUGCUGAACAUUUUCCAACUCUUGUAAAUUUUACCUGCACAUCAAAAAUAAAAAAAAUUACUUGUGGUGAUAAUCAUACAGCGAUAUUGCUAGAAAAUGGAAAAGUAUAUGUUACAGGAGGGUUUAGAGAUUCUUGUGGUGUUUUGGGUUUACCAUUUUUUGAAAAAAAAAAUGAAAUUAUAUCUAAAUCCGAUGAAUUUGUAGAAAUAAAAUUUAGUUUUUCAAAAAAGAAUAGUAAGUAUAAUAGUAACUCUUUACAAAAUAAUGAUCAACAAGAUGAGGAAUAUAAUAAAAGUUGUUCUAACUACCUUGACAGUAAUGGAAUUAUAAAUAAGACUAAUGAUGAAGUUAAAAUAAUUAAUAUAAUAUCAGGAGAAGAUCAUUUAGUAUGCCUUGAGGAAAGUCGAGAAUACCUUUUUGCCAUGGGGAAUAGUGACUCUUGUCAAGUAUGUAAUACUUUUUAUGAACAAGGUCAGGCAGAAAUUGAAAGAUUAAAAUAUGUAUUUCCCAAGUGUUAUCAUUACCAAGAUUUGGGGUUCCAUGAAAAAAUUAAAAAUAUAUAUUGUGGAGGAAACAAUACAUUCAUUCAGUUAGAAGAAACAUUAGAUGUAUAUGCCAUUGGUAGAAAUGCAUAUGGUUCAUGUGGUGUGUCUAUGAAAGAUAAUAUAAUAAAAAAAUUUGAAAAAAUACAAGAAUUAUCGAAAACAGAAAUAGUACAACUAUGUGGAGGUCAAAGUUUUACUGUAUGCUUAUUAAAAAAUAAUGAUUUGUAUAUAUGGGGAAAUAGAGAAAUAUUAGGUAUGGAAUAUAAAGAUGAUGCAUAUCAUCCUUUAAAGCUAAAUUUUUUUCAGAAAAAAAAUUAUUCUAUUAAUACUAUAACUUGUGGUACUGAUCACUGUUUAGUUUUAACAAAUGAUGGGAAAUUAUUUGGGUGGGGCACAGGAGGAAAUGAUUUUGACGAAAAUACAUGUAUAAGCACCAUUGAGAAAAAUUUUCCAUCUGAAAUAAAUUAUGUAAAAUUUGUUCAUAAAGCAAUAUCAAAAGAUAAUACAAACAACCCGGAUGAAUGGAUGGAAGAUAAAAUUAAAAUUGUGUCGUUCGCUGGUGGUUCGUCCCACUGUGCUUUUAUCUGUUCGCACGUAGAUCCAGAACGUGUGUCAAUAAAAAGAGGGUAUGAUGAACUGUAUGAGGAAGAAGCGUGCAUGAAGAAACAGAAGAGUGGAAGGUACUUUCACAAUGCCACAGAGGAAGGGAGAGGCGAAGCAAAAAUGGUGCAUGUUGGAGAUGCCAAAGGACUUACGCACAUUAAUGUGAAGGUAGAUGUGGACAUAAAUGAGGAAGUAGGUGCGGAUGUAAAUGCAUAUGCAGAGGUGGGAAUAGAAGGGGAAAAAAAGAAAAAUUUAGUAGGCGGAGAAAAGGGAAACGGUACCAACGAAAAAGAGUGGCAGGACGAGAAUAUUAAAGCGUACAUAGAUGAAAAAACAAAACAAAUGCAAAGCGUUGAGGAAGAAAAUAUAGAAUGUAACAGUGAAACAAGUUAUACUAGAAAAAAAAAAAAAAAAGAAAGUUUUUUUAAAGAUUUAUACUACAACUCAAAAUCAGCGAGUAAUAAAAAUUUUAGCCCUUCAAAAGAUGAAUAUCAUGGAGGAGCACAAAAUGAUAAUGCAGAAUUAACUGAAAAUGAUAUAUUAAAUAAUGAACAAAAUAAAAGAAGGAGAAGCGUUAAAUGUAAACCUCAUCUAAGUAAUGAAAGUCCAACAAGAAGACAGCCACGAAGAUCUUGUAAAGAAAAUACUUCAUUAAAUGAAAAUAUGCACAGACAAUAUUAUCAAAUUGUAGAUACACCUAUUACGAAAAAGAAAAGAAGAACAACAUCAUAUGUUAGAUGUAAAAGCAUUAAACUUAAAACGAUUUUAAAUGAAAAUAAAAAUACCAAGUCAAAAUCGGUUAAUGCAAAAAGAGAAAGUGUAGGUAGGUACUAUUCCAAACGAGAAAACUUUAAACGAGAAUCUGCAUCUCAGACACCAGAUGUAAAAAUUAUAAGAGCCAAAUCGUCAAAAAUGAAAAAUUAA